CCAGCUCCACAGACAGCAGAGAGAGAUCAGCUAAAGAGUGAACACCAGAGCGACGCACCUGGGUUAAACGAGCCGAGCCGGACCGAUAAAGUGCACUGCUAACUGGAAAAAAGAAAGAAAUUUAAAGUGAGUUUAUAAGAACAACUGGAGGAGGGAUUUAACAAGUGGAUACUGAGAUGUAAAGGAUGUCAUCGAUAAUAAAGGUGGAUUAAACCUGCUGGGAUGUUAAGAGCUACACAGUAAAAAGGAGCGACUUGCCCCGACCAGGAAUGGCUUGAUUUCUCACCUGGGAGAGCUGCAGAGAGGCACACAUGUUUCUGUUGGAGAGAAAGAAAGUUUGCUGCGCGUCGCUCGGAUACAAGUCUACUUUCUGAGAGGCAUAUUUGCUUGCUUCUGUGACUAUUUUCUCCAGUUUUUCUUUUUGGUGUCGUGCUCAUAAACUUGUCCGACAAUGUCUAAACCCGUGCUAAAGAAAAACCACUGGACCUCCAGAAUGAACGAGUGCUCCGUCGCCAAAGAUGCCCGAGGUGACAUGAACGUGUCGCUGCGCGGCGGAGCGGAGAACGGGGAGUUCGCCUACAUCGGCGAAGUUAACAGCGAGGAUGUCGCGCUUUAUAAAAUAGGACAACUUAAUGAAGGAGAGCUGCUGCUGGAGGUGGAGAACCUCUCCAUCUCGGGAUUACCCUUGUACGACGUGCAGACUGUGAUAAAGAACUGCAAAGGUCCCGUCAGGUUGAAAACUGUCAGACAAGGAAGUAAGCUGAACAAGGACCUGAAGCAUUACCUGAGCCAGCGCUUCCAGAAAUCCUCGCCUGACCACGAACUGCAGCAGACCAUCCGAGACAACCUCUACCGCCACGCCGUGCCUUGUACAACCCGCGCCCCACGUGAAGGAGAAGUUCCUGGCGUGGACUACACCUUCCUCUCAAACCAGGAAUUCGAGGAGUUGGAGAAGAGUGGGACUCUGUUGGAAGUAGGAACGUAUGACAAUAACUAUUAUGGGACGCCCAAGCCACCGCUGCAGCCCCCCGGUGGGAAAGUGAUUAGCAGUAGCGGUAGCGGCGGUGAUGCCCCACUGCCAGACGGGCUCAGCGGUAGCCUGCCGGGCUCGCAGCACUCCACUCCCCGACGCUCCAAGUCCUACAAUGACAUGCACAAUGCUGGAAUAGUGCCUGGAGAGCUGCAGCAGGAGGACGACGAGGACCUCCCUGACAUGAAUAGUAGCUUUACAGGAGAUUCUAGUGAAUUAGACGAGAUUCAUCACUCAGUGCGCCCCUUCGCCCCCCGCAAGAGUGACCCGCCCUACGUUGGGAGAACCCCCUCACCAUCGGCCACCACGGAGAGCACUCAGCAGUCUCACUCUAACCUGAGCCAUCCUCCCCCGGAGGAUCCUCUGGGAACUCUGCCUGACAACUGGGAGAUGGCCUACACCGAGAACGGAGAGGUCUACUUCAUAGACCACAAUACAAAGACCACCUCCUGGAUAGACCCUCGGUGCCUGGACAAGCCUCAGAAACCCCUGGAAGAAUGUGAAGAUGAUGAAGGGGUCCACACAGAGGAGCUGGACAAUGACUUAGAACUUCCACCAGGAUGGGAGAAAAUCGACGAUCCAGUGUACGGGGUCUACUAUGUUGAUCAUAUCAACAGGAAGACCCAGUAUGAGAAUCCAGUGCUGGAGGCUAAGAGGCGCAGGCAGCUGGAGCAGCAGCCUCAGCAGCCUCAGCCCCAAAGCCAGCAGCCACCCGAAGGUGAGCGCUACAUCCGAGAAUGGAUCGAGGACUCGGCCUUGGCAGGGGCCCCGCUGGCCAGCUACGCUUCCCACCACCAGGAGACCUACAGGGACCCUCAGACUGGACCUCCAGUGCCCAACGCCAUGGGACAAAAACGUGGGAAGCCUUUCUUUACUCGGAACCGAUCCGAGCUGAACGGGACCUUCAUCAAUACCAAGCUGAAAAAGAGUCGUCGGGGGUUCGGCUUCACCGUUGUGGGAGGCGACGAACCGGACGAAUUCUUGCAAAUCAAGAGUCUAGUCCUGGAUGGACCGGCUGCCCUCGAUGGCAAAAUGGAGACAGGCGACGUGAUCGUGAGCGUCAACGACACGUGUGUGCUCGGCUACACCCACGCCCAAGUCGUGAAGAUCUUCCAGUCCAUCCCAAUCGGCUCCAUGGUCAACUUGGAGCUGUGCCGCGGCUACCCGCUGCCCUUCGAUCCCGAUGACCCCAACACUAGCCUGGUUACCUCAGUGGCCAUUAUCGACAACAAAGAGCCCAUCAUUGUCAACGGCCAGGAGGGGUCCAACAGCUACGACUCGCCGUCCAGCCACGGCAGUCAGAACCACAACAACGUCUCGAUCAACGGAGGGGCGCCCCUCAACGGCCUCCCCCGAUCCCACAGCCCCUCGGCAGAGGCGGCCUCCGAUACCUCGUCCCAGCACGGCUACCCCAGCGACGUGGCCUCCCUGGCCUCGUCCAUCGCCACGCAACCAGAGCUCAUCACUGUACACAUGGAGAAAGGAGACAAGGGCUUCGGCUUCACCAUCGCCGACAGUCCCGGGGGCGGAGGGCAGAGAGUGAAGCAGAUCGUGGACUACCCGCGCUGCCGCGGCCUCAAGGAGGGCGACAUCAUCGUGGAGGUGAACAAGAGAAACGUGCAGAGCAUGUCCCACAACCAGGUGGUCGACCUGCUCAGCAAGUGUCCCAAAGGCAGCGAGGUCACCAUGCUGGUGCAGAGAGGGGUGGCCCCUGCAAAGAAGAGCCCCAAACUGCAAUUGUCGAGAAAGGACAGUCAGAACAGCUCCCAGCAUAGUGUUUCCAGCCAACGGAGCACCCACACAGACUCGCCCCUGCACUCAUCCCUGGCGCCCCCUCUCAGCGAGAGCAUCGCCCCCCCCGCCCCCUCUCAGCCGCUGCCAGGCCUGCCGCCCCAGGACAUCCCAGCGGACGGGACCAUCCAAAGAAAACCGGACCCCUUUAAGAUCUGGGCCCAGUCCAGGAGCAUGUAUGAAAGUAGGCUUCCAGACUUCCAAGAGCAGGACAUUUUCCUGUGGAGGAAGGACACAGGGUUCGGCUUCAGGAUCCUCGGAGGCAACGAGGCCGGAGAGCCGAUCUACAUCGGCCACAUAGUGAAGUACGGCGCGGCAGACGAGGACGGACGCCUGCGGUCCGGCGAUGAACUGAUAUGCGUGGACGGCACGGCGGUGGUGGGCAAGUCGCACCAGCUGGUGGUGCAGCUGAUGCAGCAGGCUGCCAAGCAGGGCCACGUCAACCUCACCGUGCGACGCAAAACCAACUACGCCGUUAAAGCAGAGGGAGACGUGCCUCCAUCGCCGGCCUCCUCCCACCACAGCAGCACCCAGGCGCCCAGCCUGACGGAGGAGAUCGGGAAGCGCACUCCACAGGGCAGCCAGAACUCCCUCAACACCGUGAGCUCUGGCAGCGGCUCCACCUCCGGCAUCGGCAGCGGGGGAGGGGGCGGAGGGGCGGGAGGAAGCGGCAACGCCGUGGUCGCCUCGGCAGUCGCCGCCCCCGUCUCCUCUCAGCCCCCCAACGUCAUCUCCAACGCCCCCUCCAACGCCUUGCAGCCCUACGACGUGGAGAUCCGCCGCGGCGAGAGCGAAGGAUUCGGCUUCGUCAUCGUCUCCUCGGUGUCGCGGCCCGAAGCCGGCACCACCUUCGCUGGAAAUGCAUGUGUGGCCAUGCCCCACAAAAUAGGGCGCAUCAUCGAGGGGAGCCCAGCAGACCGCUGCGGGAAGCUGAAAGUAGGCGACCGCAUCCUGGCCGUGAACAGUUGCUCCAUCACCAACAAGUCCCACUCUGACAUCGUCAACCUCAUCAAGGAGGCCGGGAACACCGUCACACUACGCAUCAUUCCUGGAGAUGAGUCAUCAAAUGCGUCUUUGUUGACCAAUGCGGAGAAGAUUGCCACUAUAACCACCACCCACACACCUCAGCAACAGGCUGCACCCGAGGCCAGGAACAACACCAAACCAAAACAGGAAUCGUUUGAAUUCAAAGCACCACCUGGACCUCCUCCACAACCCCCGACACAAGUCUCAGCUCAGGAUGCUGAGUUCUACUCAGCGGACCUGGAGCGAGACAACAAAGGCUUUGGUUUCAGCCUGCGGGGAGGCAGAGAAUACAACAUGGACCUGUACGUGUUGAGGCUAGCUGAGGACGGAGCUGCUGUCCGCAACGGGAAGAUGAGGGUCGGCGACGAAAUCUUGGAGAUCAAUGGCGAGAGCACCAAGGGCAUGAAGCACGCGCGAGCCAUCGAGCUCAUCAAGAGUGGAGGCCGGCGCGUCCAUCUGGUGCUCAAGAGGGGUGAUGGCUCUGUGCCUGAAUAUGGGAUGGUCGUUCCCCAUCUCACUGCAUGUAUGAGAAAUGACAAGAUGGGGGAGGCCUCUGUCCUCCAAAAUCAGACCACGGCAGCACCAACGACAGCAGCGCAGUCGACCCAACCUCAGGGUUACAAAACGCUGCGGAAGUGAGCACCCUGCCCCCAGACAACGCGCCAUCGGAGACCAGC